AUGUUUACUCGUUCCUCUCCAAUGUCACUUUUCCCAAUCUAUCUCCUUCCCUCUAUCCCUUUCCGCCGGCGCAAAGAGAGCACAGACUCGACUAGCUCUACGGACUCAACUCAAUCGACAGAUCUUGCCAGCGGGUUUGUCGGCAACUAUCUGAAUGGCCAUACCUCUCACAUUCGCUGCGCCAAAUGCUCAACUGACGUCUGCCUGACCUCCCAAAUCAUCAGCAAAGGGUUCACCGGCCGUCACGGAAGAGCCUAUCUAGUUUCUCCCUCCCUGGCGCUGUCAGGAUCCAGCCAGGUCUCCAAAGCUGCGAUUGAUCUGUGCUUGCAAAACACAAAGACCGACGCCCCUUCAUCACGGCAGCUCGUUACAGGAGUGCACACGGUCAGCGAUGUGCGGUGCGCUUUUUGCAACUCUAUGCUAGGUUGGAAGUACGAUGGAGCGGAGGAAGAGUCGCAGAGGUACAAAGUCGGGAAAUACAUCCUCGAGACGAAGAUGAUAUGCUCCUCCUCGAAUUGGGAGAACGAUGAGCUGGAGCUGCCUCCCACGAGCUUGCGACACGAGGGGAUUGAUGCUAGCUCCCAGGAUGCAGUCGACUUUGACAGUCAAGAUGAGGACGAGUGCGAGGAUCUUUUUGCGGGCGUGUGGAGUCCGUCGUUGGCAGUGAAGAGAAGGCAGGGGAAGUCGUUCAGAAAGCUAAUGGCUGGGGGCUCAACCGAGAUGGACUCAAGGCAGCGCUGA